AUGGUUGUUUUUGUAUCUCAGCCCGGUAAAUGCCGCGAUUUUAAAGAUGGAACCAUGCUUUCUAGAAUGGCUAUUGAGAAGAAGAUCCAUCCCCUUGAUUGCAUUGCUCUAGAUGGUGGCUAUACACAGUAUAUUGAGGGCAUUAUAACAGGCAGUGGAAUAUUGAAAUCGUCAAAUUUCAGCUGCCCAAUCCGCAAAUGCAAAGGAAUUGCAUUGACAGACAGCGAGAGUAGAUAUAACGACAUGUUUGGCAGCUUUCGCUCAAGGAUUGAAAGCUAUUUUGGGGAAAUGCAGACCACCUUCAACAAAUUCAGCAACACUCUGUGCUGCUUGCUCCUCAACAUCAAACGCAUGGUAGCAUUGCGCAAUAUCACCGCCGAGGCGCAUCAUAGCUAUUGGACACAGGACAGCUUUGAAUAUCCAGAUGGUAAUAACGCCACUCUUGUACAGGUUUUGACUCCAAGUUAUAAAGUCAAGAUGGAUCAUGCACGAAGUAUCUUCAAACUGCAGGAUGCCUUCUUAAACAAUUCACUCACCUCUUCCAAUGCUGACGAUGAGAUGGAUACUGAUGAGGGAACUGAAUAUGAGAUUGACAGGAUCAUGGGUCAUCGAGGAGAUGGAGAGACACUAGAAUACCAUGUUUUAUGGAAGGGCUAUUGUUGUAUAUUUCAAUAUACAAGAUAA